AUGGCUGAUGAGCUACAUCGACCAGCAAGAAAAAUUUUUCAUAGACGUAGCGUGGUAAGAAGGCUUAUAGAUGAUCUUUGGCAAGCUGCACAGAAAGAAAUUAAAACACCAAUAACAUCAUUAUUAGAAGGUGUGACUCAAAGUGAAAUUGCUGAUCCUUUAGUUUUAUCAAAAUUUUCAAAAAUAACAUCAGCAAUUUCAGAUGAAAAUUGUAAUAUGACAAAUUUUAUACAAGGGUCCUUGUGGAAAGAAAAAAUUGCCCUUUAUCACAAUAAGAUUGUAGUUCCUUUUUUUAUGUAUAUAGACGAUUUUGAAAUAAAUAACCCUUUAGGAUCAAAAUCUAUGAAACAUGCUAUUUCUGCUGUAUAUUAUAGCUUUCCAUUAAACGAACAAAGUUCCAAACUCAAUAAUAUUUUUUUAGCAGCUCUUUUGAAAUCACAUGAUUUAAAAUCAUAUGGAAAUGAUUUAUGUUUUAAACAAUUAGUUGAAGAGUUUAAUUCAUUAGAAAAAAAUGGGAUAUUAAUUAAUACUCCUGAUGGGCCUAAAACUGUACAUUUUAUUCUUGGUUUAAUUAUUGGAGAUAAUUUGGGGCUUAAUAGUGUUUGUGAUUUUGGUAAAUCAUUUGCUGCAAAUUAUUUCUGUAGGUUUUGCAAAGCGCAUAAAACAUUAACACAUACAUUAAGCGAAGAGGAUCCCACAUUAAUCCGUAAUAUUGAAAACUAUACUCAAGAUGUAGAAAUCAAUGAUUUUUCACAAACAGGGAUUAGUCAAAAUAGUAUUUUAAAUAACAUAAAUUGUUUUCAUGUUACUAAAAAUUUUUGUGUUGAUGUAAUGCACGACAUAUUUGAGGGCAUCAGUCAUUACAAUAUGUGUCACAUAAUUAAUUAUUACACAGAAACAUUAAAAAUAUUAACUUUAGAUACGCUGAAUUUUCGAAAGCAACAUUUCAACUAUGGUAAAUUAGAACAACAAAAUCUUUCACCUCCUAUAGAGAAACAUCAUCUAUCUAAAUUCCACUUAAAAAUGUCAGCAAGGCAAAUGAUGUGUUUUAUUCAUUUUUUCCCACUCAUGAUAGUACAAAAUAUUGCUAUAUCUUUUAUUGUUGAUCAAAUUCAAUUGGAUUCUUAUAAUUCACAUAUGAGAGCGUAUGAAGUUAGCUUAAACCAAAAUAGACCUUCAAAGAGCUUAAUAAGUAUUGAGGAGUUUAGUAGUCCCCCAAUAGAUAUUAAUCAAGUUAUAUUUUGUGUUACCAAUGCAAAAUAUGAAUGA